AUGGAAAGUGUCCCAGCAGGCAACACUGAUACCAAUAAUGUGGAGGGAGCAGAGGCUGUUCCACCCCCAUCCCCAGCUGAGGAGGAGGGCCUGGCCACAACAUCUGAUACUGGCACUCCAGGUGACUUGGGCUUCCAGCCUCCACAGCAGGAGGAGGACAAGCUUGACUUAGAUGAGCCAGAGGAGAGCUUGGUUAACCUUAGCGAGCUAAUGCCAUUCAUCUCAUGUUAUAUUUGCAAAGGGUAUUUAAUUGAUGCAACAACCAUUACAGAAUGUCUUCAUACCUUUUGUAAGAGCUGCAUUGUGAAACAUUUUAAUCAAAGCAACAGAUGUCCAAAGUGCAACACAGUGGUACAUCAGGCAAAACCUCAUUAUAACUUAAGGUUGGAUCCACAGUUACAAAACAUAGUGCACAAAUUAGUGAAUGAUCUAGAAGAAAAAGAAAAAAAGCGAAGAUGUGAUUUCUAUAAAGCAGGUCAAGAAGCACUUCAAGUUGCUGUUCCUCAGGCGACCAUUUCCAGCCAAGAAGAUGCUGAGAAUGCUGCACAAUCACUGCCUCCUGUUCCAACUCAAGUUAAUGUGUCUUUAUUACUGGAGUUUAUGGGUGCUAAUGAAGGUACAGGCCAUGUUGAACCUCUUAAAAAGAAGUCUAUCCAAAUUUCAGGAAAUGCAACUAUUGGACAUAUAGAAAAAUUCCUUAAAAGGAAAAUGGGCCUCGACCCAUCUUGUCAGGUAGAAAUCACAUGUGCUGGUCACUUGCUGAAGGAAUCUCAAAAUCUGGGAGAAAUCCAACAUACAGUAGGGGAAGCAGGGAUGCAGGAUGGCCUGCUUGUCCUUUAUUACCGAGUUGUUUCUCCUCCGAAAGAAGCUUGA